AUGGCCGAAGCCCUAACCGUAAUAGAGGUCGCCCUCUGCAUUACUGAAGUAGUCGAGCGCCUCUGCAAAUACAUCUCGGCUGUCAAAUCCGCCAAAGAUGACAUCCGCAAGCUCACUCAGGAGCUCCUCGCCCUCAAAGGCGCAAUGGACCACUUCCACACACAAAACGAGCGUGGCAUGGAUAAUCCCCUACAGGAGCAGGCCCGCGCCAUGCUCAAGAUGACUCAGGAGACCCUCGACGCCAUACGAAAGAAGCUCGGUACGCCAAAGACGUCGUCCUUGGGCCGCGCUGCCCAGAGUCUGGCCUGGCCUUUUCGGCAGGGUGAUGUUGAGACAUAUUUUGCUACAAUUGAGAGAGCCAAGACCUGGUUCAUCAUGGUCCUGAUGCGGGAUUCGCUCGAUACUACGGCAUCUGUGUUGUCAGAGAUGCAGAAGCUGACGGCGCUUGUGCAUGAGGAUAUUAUUGCGCGCAAGACGGAUCGGAUGCUGGAGGAGACGGCUGAUUUGCUCAUGUGGCUCUCGCCCGUCGAUAGUGAGUACAAGCUUGUCAGUUCUAGGCAGGAUCGCGCGCCGGGCACUGGCAGAUGGAUAGUCGAUAAGACGUUCCUAAAAUGGCAAAGAAGCACUCCCACUGAUCGGCCAGUAUUCUGGAUCACUGGAAGGUCAGGAUCCGGCAAGACGGUGCUUUUCUCGCGGCUCGUUGAGGACCUCAGAGCACACCCUGGCGAUGAGAAUUCGGAAGAGAACGGCAACAUAGGCGUCGGUUUUCAUUGCUGCUCUCUAGACGACGCGGCAUCCCAAGCCGUGCCGAACGUCUUUGGCUCCAUCCUGGCCCAGAUAGGAGCGACGAAUCCCAGUAUCCUCGAUCACGUCCGGCCACUGAGGAAGUUGGGGAACAACCUGAUCCCGCAGAACAACCUGACCGUCGAACAGAUUCACGACGUGAUGGGCGAAGCUCUCGGGCUGUUUGAUGUCUUCUAUCUCAUGAUUGACGCUCUCAAUGAGACGAGCCAAGAAUCUGUCAUUGUCGAAGCCCUCUUGCACCUCUGCUCGAAGCACUCUAACCUAAGGGUCCUGGUUACGUGUACGCGCGAGCCGGCGCAGCUUGAGCCCAGCAUAUACGUCCGACAUAUGAGCACACAGUCUAUAGAUUGUGAUAUCGAGGUGUAUGUGGAGAAAAGGCUUUCGAGCGAACACAGUUUCCAGUCCUUGAGUGCGAAAAUACGAACCGAGAUCAAGGACAAGGUCACAUCAGAAGCCGAUGGGACAUUUCGAUGGGCCAAAUUAUGCAUGGAUAGACUCAGCACCCUCCGCACUGGAAGAGACGUACGACGAGCUCUGGUCGAUAUCCCGUCUACACUCAACGGGUUUUACGCCGGUAUCCUCACCCGUGUACCCCAACAAGACCGGGUCAUGGCCCGCGAGGCUCUUGCCUGGCUCUGCUUCUCUCUCCGGCCGCUUCAUCUCAACGAGCUCGCCGAAGCUAUCGUCCUCGAAGGUGACGAAGUUGACAUUGACGAUGACGACCGACUCACCGACCCCUCUGCCAUCAUCGAGAUCUGCCAGGACCUAGCCCACGUAAGCGACCACCAUGUCACCCUCGCCCACGACUCCAUCCGCACAUUUCUACAAUCAGAAUGGAUACGAACUUCCUCUGCCUCGGAAUACGCGCUGGACGCAGCCGCCUGUCACCAAAAGAUCAUGCGCAAGUGCCUCGCCUACCUCAGACUCGAGCCCUUCACCACAGGCCCCUUGGACGAGCUCCGGCACGUGAAGACCAGGUUCGCAGCCUACCCGCUGCUCAAUUACGCUACAAACAUGUGGCCCAUCCACUCUGAGCGCUUCCCCCUCGCAGACGAAGACGAGAAGCUCAUCCUCGACUUCUUCGACACCAAGAAGCUCUCGCACGGCGGGGCCUUUGAGGCGUGGGUGCAAUUCGUCCUGCGCUCGUCGGACCUGGACGUCAUUCGGCACACGGAACCGCUCUACUACGCCGCGUCGUUCAACAUGACGUCUGUCCUGCAGUUGAUACUGAGACCUGAGUACAAGGUCGACGUCAACAAGAGAGGCGGACGGUUCUCGUCGCCCCCGUUGUUUGUGGCCCUUUGGAGGGAUAAUGUCGAGGCGGCCAUGUUGCUGCUCAGGGCCGGGGCGAAUCCGGAUUCUUGGGAUACGAGUGGGCAGACUAGUCGGCAACUGGCCACGAGUCGAAAGCACCACGAUGUCGUCAAGCUCAUGGAGGAGAUGAUCGAAGCUGCACAAGAGCUUCAGCGCCAGUCACCCGACAACAGCGCAACUCUUGCCCAUACCCAAGCUUCUGCCACCAACAAACGACUCUAUAAAUCAUUCAGUCUGGCGUUCCGAGCUCUUCGCGCUGCCGGCCUCGCUGUAGGCCUUGGUCUAACAGCCCUCGCCGCCUAUAAUAGCAACCAGGCCGAGAUGGACUCACACGCCCCAAGAGGCGGGCACUUGGUUGCCACGGAUGGCCGAGAGGUGGUUUACUGUCACGCCUGCUCCCAUGAGUGGUGGCAAGAUGAGCAUGGUCUGCAGUGCCCUCGCUGCGAAAGCGAGAUUACAGAGAUUGUUUCUCCCGAGAACGACCCUAGAGAGAUCGAGGACGGGCCUCCUCUUCACGAUUCCCCGAGACUCAGACGUCACAUCUACGACGACGAUUCGGAUCCUGAAGAGGCCGAUAUAGAGGAGCAUCUGCACCGCGGCCCAGGCGGAUUCGUCGUACACCGAGCCAUCUGGGACAAUUCCCAGCGCCCGGGACAGAGCCCAAACCCGAACACCCGCCAGCCCCCCGACGUGAACGAUGGCGACCAGAUUAUUCGACGCUUUAUUGAUAUGGUGAAUGAUUUCGGCAUGGGCAUGCCACCGCGACCUCCCGACGAGACUCGCCCUCCUGGCUUUGGCGCUGGUGGAAACAUUUUUGGCGGUCAGGGCAAUGUUCGCACAUUCCAGAGAACAGGUCCCGGAGGCACCACGAGCUUCACGAUCGCCACUGGACCCAUCCAUGUUCACCAAGGAGGAGCCAACUCGCCUGCUGGAGCUGGAGGCGACCCCUUCCAGUCUAUCUUCAGCAGCGUCUUAGCUGGAGCAGGACCCCCUCAACCGACCGGAAUGGGUCCAGGCCAGGGACAGCGGGCGCCUAAUCAAGCGCCCACACUUCUCCAUGAGAUUCUCAACAUGCUCAACCCAGCCAAUGCCUCGCACGGCGAUGCUGUGUACACUCAGGAGGCCCUGGACCGGAUCAUCUCUCAGUUGAUGGAGCAGAACCCGGCAUCGAACGCGGCACCCCCGGCGACUGAAGAUGCGCUCAGCAAGCUGAAGCGCAAAAAGGUCGACAAGGAGAUGCUUGGCCCCGACGGCAAGACCGAGUGCACAAUCUGCAUUGACGACUUCAAGGAGGGGGACGAUGCCACAGUACUGCCCUGUAAGCAUUGGUUCCACGACCAGUGCGUCGUCAUGUGGUUGAAGGAGCACAAUACUUGCCCCAUAUGCCGUACGCCGAUUGAAGAGCCCAGCGGCAGCAGCAGCAUCAAUGACAACAACAAUAACAACAAUUCCAAUGCGAGCGGUUCAAACAACGGCGGAAACAACAACAACAACCCUUCGCAAACCCACCCUGGAGCAGCAGCGUCUGGCUCUUCAGAGAGCCACCAAGACUCAUUCUGGCCUGGUAAUGAUCCGGGACACUGGGCAAACUCGAUGAGAGGGAUUCCCCCUCGAUCGAGCUACAUGGACACGACCCCCCCGGUUCCUGCCGACUCCACGAGACCCCAGUCGUCAUUUGUCGAUGAAGCCUAUGGACGCUACGGGGCUUCCAGCACCGGCCGCAGUGAUCCGCAACGUCCCCAGGAAACGAGUCGAAUGCCCAGCUUCCGAUCCGCUAGACGAGACUCUCAUUCGCCCCCGAGCCUCCGCCGACACCAGUCGGAUGUGUUUCGAGCUAGACAGCGGAGUCCCUCGUCUGGAAAUUGGGACAGAGGUCAAGACAGCAACCAGGACAGUAAUCAGGAUGCCGGGUCCAAUCACGGCCCGCUUAAUUGGCUGAGAAACCAGUUUUCUCGAGGAUCGGGUUCGGGAGACAGCAACCCGCGUGAGAGACGGAGACAGUGA